AUGGGUGGAGAGUUGGGGCUGACUUUGGUGUGCAUGACUGUGGGUGAUUUUCAUUUUACCCCCAAAAUCCAAUUUUCAUUUUAUCAUUCCCCCGAACUUUAUCAUUCUCUCCUCUCCGGCGCAAUUUUUCACGCUCUCUCCGGUGGUGAUUCUCACGCUCUCUCCGGUGCAAUUUUUCUCUCCUCUCCGGCGACCGUUGCUCCUCUCAUCUCCCACAACUCACGCACCCGCGCUGCUCCUAUCUUCACCCGCCGCGUGCACUCUCGUUGCUCCUCCCCGCACCCGACACACCUGCACUGCUCCGCCGCUCCGCUCCGCCGCACCUACACUGCUCCGACGCACCUGACUGCUCCGCCGGCUUUCUCACCCUCUCAUUUCUUCUCAAGGCAGCAGGCUGUUAUAAAAGAAUCUGUUGAACCGUUAUUGGAAGAGUAUCGUCCUACAGGAAUUUCUUCUUUAAAAUUCAGCAAAUUGUCUCUUGGAACAGUGGCUCCUAAUAUUGAAGGGAUUCGGGUUCAGAGUCUUAAAGAAGGUCAAAUCACAAUGGAUAUUGACCUCCGCUGGGGUGGUGAUCUGAGUAUUAUCCUAGCUGUCGAGGCUGCACGUGUUGCUUUUAUACCUAUUCAGUUGAAGGAUCUUAAAGUUUUCACUGUGGUUCGUGCUAUUUUCCAACUUGCGGAUGAAAUUCCUUGCAUCUCUCCAGUAGUGGUUGCCCUGCUUGCUGAGCCGAAGCCGCGCAUCGAUUAUACUCUGAAGGCUGUUGGUGGAAGUUUAACAGCUAUUCCUGGGCUUUCAGAUAUGAUUGAUAUGAGUUCUGAUAUUUUUCCUUGGUUCAAUGAAUAUUCAAGGCUUGUUGUCGAAAUCAAUGGAAAGUGCUUCAUCCCGACGAUCCUCAAUGUACGCAAAGCUAUCCAGACGAUGCAAAUUAUGAGAGAUGGAAUGUUCCUCCGGGUCUGGUCAAUUAUGUUCGUGGUACUACUCUUCGUGGGAUAUCUCCUUGGCAUACAAAUCCCAAUGUAA